CCUUACAACAGAAGAGGUUUGCUGUGUGGGGAGUGUAAGGAAGGCUAUGGCCCUGCCGUGUAUUCAUUGGACCAGAAAUGUGCCAAUUGCUCAAGUCCCUGGUCAAAAUACGUCAUAUCUCUGUAUAUUCUACUUCAGGUUCUUCCUACAACAUUGAUUUUUAUAUGUUUUGUUGUGCUUCGCCUCGACAUUACUUCAGGCCCACUGCUGGCAUAUGUGAUAUUCUGUCAGUCAAUAACAGCUAACAUAGACUAUCAUUACAUAUACCUAUACAAUUACUUCCAGCAUCAUGUACAUUCAUCUCUUAGAGUAUUGUUUGACUUGACAGUAACAGUGUCUCAGUUUUGGAAUUUGCAGUUUUUCACGGGCAUAAUCCCACCAUUUUGUAUCAGUGAGAAACUAACAGGGCUCCAUGUACAUAUGUUCAAGUUCCUACCAGCCAUCUACCCGUUUAUUUUUGUCGUCAUCUCCUGUGUUAUCAUGGAGCUGCAUGCAAGAAACUACAGGAUUGUUAAAAUUCUGUCGGAGCGAUUAAAGACCAUUCUCGGCAAAGCUAACAUCACAGAAGUGACUGGUGAUGCUGUGUUUCAUGCUUUUGCAUCAUUCAUUUUGCUUUCGAACAUAUCAGUGUUGUUUGCAGCAGGUGAGGUUCUGAACUAUGCCUACAUACACAAUUCCACCGGGCACCUUCAAAAGGUCGCCUUUUACAUUGACCCCAAUGCAGAGGUUUCUGAGUGCCAGGAAGCGACUGGCCAUCACAGCAUUUGCUGAGGCUCUCCACAGCUGUUUCAAAGACGGUCUGAAUGGAACUCGUGACUACAGAGCACUGGCUGGAGCUACACCAUUCAUUGUCGUGACUAUAUGCUGCACUACAUAACCUUCCAAAACUCGGUCAUGCCUCUGUAAUAGUUGAAACAGUGAUGUGGAUGAUGCUGGUAUGUGUGGUGUCGUAUGUGAAGCCCCUCAAGUCAGCAGUUGCAAACGUCUCACUAAUUUUCCACUUGUCUCUGUUCGGAGUUCUACCUUGUAUAAUUUACCUGUGGGAGUAUGAACUCACUGUGGAAACCUACUCACUUGAAGUGGCGUUAAUCACUAUUUUAUUUACCCCACACGUUCUGGUGGCUCUGUGGGCCGGCUAUACCUUGACCAAACACAUACAGACAAGGUUAAGAUGUAAGUUCCGUGGCCCAGGUUGCAAGGUGGCAUUGAGGUACAUGGCUAACGGUGUGAGACUUUGCCUCCGCUGCAAAAGUCACACUGGCUACCAAGAGAUGCUUCCACAAUGACACACUCAUCCAUUAGCUCAUAAGCCAGUUAAUAGUAACAUACUCUUUUAU